AUGUCGCCUGAGCCCAGCGAGCCAGUCGCCGACCUCCGUUCUCCCCCCGACCAGCCCAGCAUGUCCUCCGCCGACGGGACCGACGCUGCUCCCGCAGCAGCGCCAACCGCGCCGCAGCUUCAACGGGCCCAGACCGACUCCAGCUCUCGGAGCUGCUUUAUCUGCCUGCAAACGCCCGCCGAGACGCCGAAUGCCGCCUGGGUCAACGCAUGCCCGUGUUCACUGGAGGCGCACGAAGACUGUAUGCUGCGGUGGAUUUCGGAGCAUGAGCGUGAGAGCACCAAAGCGCUGCGCUGCCCUGCCUGUAAGGGAAAGAUUCAGACCACAGAGCCCAAGGACAGCUUCGUGGGUCUCCGAGACCGGUUACACAAGAUGUACAGUCGCAUUACCCCUGCGAUAUUGUUGGGCGUCGUCACAGGAUGCAGCAUGGCGUCAUCGAGCUAUUACGGCAUGUUAUCAAUGUGCGUCUUCGCUGGCCCCGGCCCGGCGAUGAGUUGGCUUGGUCUCGGACGCGCUUUGGCAGACCGAAGGAUAAACCCAGGCGUGCCGUGGUACAGGUGGAAAGCUGGGUGGGAGUUCUGCUUCAGGUUCUGGAUGCUGAACUUCAUCGCGCCCGCCUUGAUGAUUCAAAAAGCCCUACCGUCCCAGCUAGUGGACAUGCUGACCCUCCCGGCUUCUAUUCUCUAUGGCGUCUCGCUCGUCCUCCGCGAUGAAAUGCCUACCUGGCCCCCGUCGCCAGCCUGGGUCAUGACGAUGAUGCCAUGGGUUAGCUUCUCGUACAAUAGGAUUUAUUACGAUCUCCUCGGAGGAUACGAGCGUCGCCUCAACAAGGCUCUCCGGGGCCGUGGUCUCCCCAACGAGCAGCUCCCUGCCGCAGAAAAUGCUGACGGUGGCCAGCAAGCCAAUGCUGCUGUGGACAAUCCUGCCCCAGCUGAUGAGGAUGAUGAAGGCUACUUUGCCCAGGCAUUGAGGGUCGGUAAUGCCGUGCUCAAUCUGAUGGGCGACGAGAACAACCAAGAAGAGGUCGUGGCCGAGAUCGAGCUCCACAUCGGCCCUGAUCAAGACGAGGCCGCCGCAAUCCAGGAGCUGCAGGAUGAGCUGAAUGACCAGGGUGUCAUAGUGGUCGAAGAGCGGGUUGAUGACGGUGUUGGUGCUGGUGCUGGGGCGCAGGAAGCCGAGCAGCCGCAGGAGCAGAACGCGAGCCAAGGGGGGGAGCAAGAUGCCGCCGAACCACCACCGCCCAUCAGGAUCGAGCCUCAGGGUAAUGGCGAGCAGAACGCACCCCCAGAUAACGACAACCAGAACGUCAACAACAACAACAACAACAACAACAACCAAGCACAAGAGGAGAUGAUUCGGGAGCGGAAUGGCGGUCCCUCGACGACCCUGACCGAUCUCGUCAAUGGGGUCGUCACUGCCAUCACCUUUCCGCUCGUCUGCUGGGGCGCGGGCGAGAUCCUGCGCCACACUUUGCCCGACAACUGGAUCAUGCGAACCCACACCCGGGCCGCCACGGGGUUACUUCAGGAGCAAUGGGGGCGUAGCCUGGUCGGCGGGAUGGUCUUUAUCGUGGCGAGGGACGCGGUAAACCUGUACACAAAACAUCGGCGCGUUGAGGUAAGGAGGCACCGGAGGGUUCGGAAUGUUCCGCGACGGAAGCCAAAGCCGGCACAAACGCAACAGGGUGAUUAG